AGGCAGUCAAGCAGACAGAGAUCAUGAGAAAUUUGAGUGGAGGCCAUGUAGCAGAGUUUGUUUUGGUGGGCUUCCCUGCCUCUCCACCAUUCCAGCUACUCCUCUUUGCCCUCUCCCUUGCAAUCUACCUGUUGAUAUUGUUGGAGAAUGCACUCAUCAUUUCCACAAUCUGGCUCAUUCCAAGCCUUCAUCACCUAAUGGACUUUUUCCUUGGCCAUCUCUCCUUCCUGGAGCUGUGGUACAUCAAUAUCAUGAUUCCCUUCCUCUUGGGAGCAUUUUUUACCCAGGAAUAGAGUAGAGUAUCCCAUGUAGGUUUCAUGAACAAAAUCUACUUCAUUGUCUUAGCUUGUGCUGAAUAUAUCCUGUUGGCAGUCAUGGCCUAUGACCGCUACCUGACCAUCUGUGAAACCCUCUGUUAUCCUAGCCUCAUGUCUUCGUGCUUGGCCACUUGGCUUGCUGCUUUCUCUUGGGGCAGUGGCUUCUUCAGUUCCAUGUUGAAGAUUCUUUUCAUUUCCUGACUGUCCUACUGUGGACUCAAUAACAUCAACCACUUUUUCUGUGCUGUCAGCAAGUAUUUGUGCAGACUAUAG